AGCGAGGGCUGCGACCACACAGGCCUCGAGGCCGGGCCAUGAACCUCACUCAGGCCUGGAGCCCCAGCUCGGUGGUGCUGUCCUGGGACUAUUCCGGGUCGGGCGCCCUGGAAGAGCUGGAGUUGUGCCCGUCCUGGGACCUGCCCUACGGCUACGCCUACAUCCCCGCGCUCUACCUGGCGGCCUUCGCGGUGGGCCUGUUGGGCAACACCUUCGUGGUGUGGCUGCUGGCCGGGCGGCGCGGGCCGCGGCGGCUGGUGGACACCUUCGUGCUGCACCUGGCCGCCGCGGACCUGGGCUUCGUGCUCACCCUGCCGCUGUGGGCAGCGGCGGCGGCGCGCGGCGGCCGCUGGCCCUUCGGCGAGGGCCUCUGCAAGCUCAGCAGCUUCGCGCUGGCCUGCACGCGCUGCGCAGGCGCGCUGCUGCUGGCCGGCAUGAGCGUGGACCGCUACCUGGCCGUGGUGAAGCUGCUCGAGGCGCGGCCGCUGCGCACCCCGCGCUGCGUGCUGGUCGCGUGCUGCUGCGUUUGGACCGUGGCGCUUUUGGCCGGCCUGCCCUCCCUGGUCUACCGAAGGCUGCAGCCCCUCCCCGGGGCCCCGGGCAGCCAGUGCGGGGAGGAGCCCUCCGACGCCUUCCAGGGCCUCAGCCUGCUGCUACUGCUGCUCACCUUCGUGCUGCCCCUGGUCGUCACUCUCUUCUGCUACUGCCGCAUCACGCGCCGCCUGCACAGGCAGCCACACUUGGGCCGGGCCCGGAGGAACUCGCUGCGCAUCAUCUUCGCCAUCGAGAGCACCUUCGUCGGCUCCUGGCUGCCUUUCAGCGCCCUGAGGGCCAUCUUCCACCUGGCGCGUCUAGGGGCACUGCCGCUACCCUGCCCUCUGCUGCUGGCGCUGCGCUGGGGUCUCACCAUCGCCACCUGCCUGGCUUUCGUCAACAGCUGCGCGAACCCGGUCAUCUAUCUCCUGCUGGACCGCUCGUUCCGCGCCCGGGUGCCGCACUGGGCCUGCGGGAGGGCCAGUCGCCAAGUGCGCAGGAUCAGCUCGGCCUCCUCGCUCUCUAGGGACGACAGCUCAGUGUUCUGGGGCCGUCCCCACACCGCGAACGUUGCCUCGGCUGCCUGGUAGCCUCUCCAGGCGGGCGGAGAUGGGCAGCAGCGGAGCACUGUCCGCACGGGAGUGGGACCCCGCUCUCCCGACCUGCCUGUUUUGGCGGCAGUAGGCUGCUCCGGCCAGCACUGCUCGUGAGCUGCACGCAGAACCUCAUAGAGCUGAUUAAAUUCCUCCAAACCAGGCAUCUGAGGCCCGCUGUUCUCUCUGCCAGGUGGGCACCUGGGCUAGUUUAUUCCAGUGCAGAAAAGGUCCCAUGAGAUUCAGUAGACAACAACCCGGAGACCCACUGAUUCACCACUAAAAGUGAAGUGGUUUCCUUCUCUGCCCCAUUCACAAUAGCAAUAAUCAGGAUAUCCAGUGCAGACCCCCGGUCUCUGGCUGUGUUUUCUCUGGUUUCCUACAAUAGCCUUUACCCUUUGAGAAAUUCCUCCAAGUCAAAUUGUCUGGCCCUCAGACUCCAAAAAGUCUAUAGGACAUGAGAAUUGGCAGCCCUUUUGUACUCGAUAAUCUUUGUGACUGUGUUGGCUGUAUCGUUAAUCACCAUCAAUUCAGAUUUUCAUCUUAAAACUUACCAAAGACGUGGGAACCAGCCCCCGUGUAAGCUGCCCCAUUUUUUCUUCUGAUGGACUCCCCGGAAGUGACACCCUGUCCUGUUUUAUAUCUAGUGAACCUUCUCCCCUCCCUGGCAAAGCUGCAGGACUCACGCUGAAAGUGGUUCUGGCCUUCCCUCUGGGUAGAAAGAGCUGAAAUCUCUCACUGCUUGUUCAGAUUCCCCCUUGUG